AUCAUAAUCAUCACCCCUCUUUAUCUUCUACCAAUUCCUUCAAUCAAUUGCAUUUAAGCUGUCUGAUAGAAAAAUAAUGGAUCAAUACUGGUGCCACAUUUGCUGUAGGUUGGUGAUGUCAGCAAUGGAAUCCGAGGUCAAAUGCCCAUUCUGUGAAACUGGGUUUCUAGAACAAGUAGCUUGCAACACAAGAAACCUCAACGGCAACAGCCAAGGCGUUGAUUUUGCCUCAGAACGUGGAUUAUCUAUAUUAUCUCCGGUCCUGCUCGGUUUGAUGGGUGGUUUAGGCUCUUCCAUUAGAGCUCAAGAACAUGAAAGGAGAGGAAGCUUUAAUUCUUUCAAUGAAGAGGGUUUAAUAAUUCUUCAAGAAUCUGAAAACCAAGUUGGAAAUAUGACAAAUUAUUUCAGAGACUAUCUUAUAGGACCUGGUUUGGAUUUACUGCUACAGAAUUUAGCAGAUAAUGAUCCGAAUCGCUACGGGACGCCUCCUGCGAAGAAAGAAGCGGUUAAAGCUAUGCCGGCCGUUGCGGUUGAGCAUAGCUCAGAAUGUUCAGUUUGUUUGGAGGAGUUUGAGAUUGGAAGUGAGGCAAAGGAGAUGGGUUGUAAGCAUAAAUUCCACAGUGGGUGUAUCGUUCCAUGGCUGGAGUUACAUAGUUCUUGCCCUGUUUGCAGGUUUCAAAUGGAUUCUGAAGAUUCAAAGAUUGAGACAAAUAACUAUGAAGGUGGUGGAAGUGAGGAAACAGACAAUGGGAUGAGGAAUUGGGUUCCUGUCUCAUGGCCUUUUGAUGAGUUGUUUGUUUUGUCAGCAUCUGAAAAUGGUGGGAGUUCUGCUGCAGAAGCAGAAACCUUGCCAACAAGUUUUUCUCAAACAGAUGAAACGUAAAACAUAUUUUUCAUGUUCUUUAUUUAGUUCUUGGUCUGUUUUACAUUUUGUUUUCAUGUUGGUUCGAAGAAUUAACGUAGUUUUACGAGCUAGGAUUGAGAUGGAGUGGUAAAAGCUCAUUCUCCCCUUAAUUAGAGGUUUCAGAUUCAAGUCCUGAGUAUGGAGUGGUUUCAAACCCUUUAAUCUGAGGUUUCAGAUUCGAGUCCUGAAUAUGGAGCGGUUUCAAACCCCUUAAUCUGAGGUUUCAGAUUCGAGUCCUGAAUAUGGAGCGGUUUUAAACCCCUUAAUCAGAAGUUUCAGAUUCGAGUCCUGAAUAUGAAGCGGUUUUACAGACCUUUUGGAUGAGAUUUGGUUUUAAAGACCUUUUAGAUGAGAUUUACCGCUCCAAAAAGUCCUAUCCGACUUGGUCCAAAUUAGGCGGGUGCGGUGGCCUGUCUUUUUAUGUCAUCUUAUACUUGUAGUUCUUAGUUAUCUUAGCUUAGGAGAAACCAAUGUAGGUUUCAACUGAAACUCCGAAAUUUUAUAUUCAUAACUUAAUAUUGUAAAAAAUAUUGUGUUAUUGUUCGCGUUUUGGCAUUUUCA